CUCAACCAAAGUCAAAAUAACCAAAUUGGAACCGGACCGAAACUCGUCCCUGUUUCAUCUGAAAGAGAAAUGUCGGAACAAACAAAAUGUUCCCGGUAAAUUUGUGAGAGAAGAGAUGGGGGAAAUGGGGAAGGCGAUAGGAUUGCUGCUAAGCGGGACGCUUGUGUAUCACCAUUGCGCUAAUCGCAACGCGACUCUGCUCUCCCUUCUCUCCGACGUUCUCAUCGUUCUCUUAUCUUCACUCGCCAUUCUCGGCCUUCUUUUUCGUCAACUCAAUGUCUCGGUACCUGUGGAUCCAUUAGAGUGGCAAAUAUCACAGGACACAGCCUGUAACAUUGUUGCGCGCUUAGCUAAUACUGUUGGAGCAGCUGAAUCCGUUCUGCGGGUUGCAGCAACAGGACAUGACAAGAGGCUCUUUGUUAAGGUUGUGAUAUGUCUUUACUUCUUGGCAGCUCUAGGACGAAUCAUAUCGGGUGUGACCAUUGCCUAUGCAGGACUAUGUUUGUUCUGCCUCUCCAUGCUUUUUCAGAGCUCAACUGGAAACUCUGUAUUGAACCGCAGAAACGGAGAGAUUUUGGAUUGAGAAACAGUUUCAGAGUUCUGAUACACAAUGUCCUAAACGUUAUAUUCUUUGUCCUUCUCCCACUUUUACAUGUUCAUCAUAGCUUUUGGAUAGUUGUAAUAAUGCUUGCAGUUCCUAAAUGUAGAAAUAUUAAUCGUAGUUAAAUCUGAUUUAA